UUCAUUUAGAUUACAUGAGAGAGUCACCAUAUAAUUAAUUGGUUUCUAUUUCCUAACCAAACCAAAACUUUUUUCUCUGUUUUGUGUGCUCUCUUCUUCUGUUUUCUAGCAAAAUAUUUUUUGCAAUUAUGGCAAGUUUGGAAACUCAAUCAUUAAAUGGUCAUCACAAGCCUAGUCCUGAUCACCAGAGAGCUAUUGAAGAAAAAUCAGAGAGGGACAAGAGAAUUGAUGAAUGGCUUCCAAUUACUUCUAAAAGGAAUGCAAAAUGGUGGUAUUCAGCUUUUCACAAUGUCACAGCCAUGGUUGGAGCUGGUGUUCUUGGUCUUCCCCAUGCUAUGUCACAACUUGGAUGGGGUCCAGGUGUAACCAUACUUAUCCUGUCAUGGAUCAUCACAUUAUACACAUUAUGGCAAAUGGUUGAGAUGCAUGAAAUGGUUCCAGGAAAACGUUUUGAUAGAUACCAUGAAUUGGGUCAACAUGCAUUUGGUAAAAAACUAGGUCUUUAUAUUGUGGUGCCUCAACAACUUGUUGUAGAAGUUGCAGUUAACAUUGUUUAUAUGGUUACUGGAGGAACAUCAUUGCAAAAGUUCCAUGAUACAGUUUGUUCAGAUUGCAAAAAGAUCAAAUUAACUUAUUUCAUUAUGAUAUUUGCUUCUGUUCAUUUUGUGUUGUCUCAUCUCCCUGAUUUCAACUCAAUUUCUGGUGUUUCCUUGGCUGCAGCAGUUAUGUCUUUUAGUUACUCUACAAUUUCUUGGGCAGCAAGUAUAGAUAAAGGAAAACAAAAACAUGUACAAUAUGGAUACAAGUCACAUAGUACUGCAGGAACAGUAUUUGAUUUCUUUAAUGCACUUGGCACUGUUGCUUUUGCAUAUGCUGGACACAAUGUAGUGUUAGAAAUCCAAGCAACAAUUCCAUCAACACCUGAAAAACCAUCCAAAGUUCCUAUGUGGAGAGGAGUUGUUGUUGCAUACAUUGUUGUUGCUUUGUGUUACUUUCCUGUUGCUCUUAUUGGUUAUUGGAUGUUUGGAAAUGAGGUCAAUGCUGAUAUCCUCAUCUCUUUAGAGAAACCAAAAUGGCUUAUUGCAAUGGCUAAUAUGUUUGUUGUUAUUCAUGUAAUUGGAAGCUACCAGAUAUAUGCAAUGCCGGUGUUUGACAUGAUUGAAACGGUAAUGGUGAAGAAAUUGAAAUUUGAACCAAGUACAAUGCUUCGAUUUAUUGUGCGUAAUGUGUAUGUCGCAUUCACAAUGUUCAUCGCUAUUACAUUCCCUUUUUUCGAUGGACUUCUAGGAUUUUUCGGAGGGUUUGCAUUUGCUCCAACAACAUACUUUCUUCCAUGCAUCAUGUGGCUUUCAAUCUACAAACCAAGGAAAUUCGGCUUGUCAUGGUGGACUAAUUGGGUAUGCAUUGUGCUUGGCCUGUGUUUAAUGAUUUUAUCACCUAUUGGUGGAUUGAGGACAAUCAUAAUUAAAGCUAACACCUACAAGUUUUACUCAUAAACUCCUAAUUUCCCUUUUAAUCAGUAAUGGAAGGUGUCAUAUGAUGAUCAUACAUAUGAGAGAAUGUAUCAAUUGUUUUUAUAAUGUCAAGUUUUUAUAGAUUGCUUAUAACAUUUUUUUACACAUGUGUUAAAUCAUAUCUUAUUAGCUAGAUAUAUUUAUGGAGUUGUAUUAUAUAAAAAGUUUUACAAUAAUAGUGGAUACAAAUUUAAAUUAAGGACAAGUACACUUUGUAGUAGUA